AUGGCUCCCACACGAGACACCACCGCAUAUAUUCAGGAGCUGGCCACCCCUCCGCCUCCAGGCUCCCCUUACGGUCUGCCUAUCCCGGGUUCUGAGAAGGAAGGCCGCAGUGCCAUCUACCGGCAUUGGCGCUUCUGCGACGGCCCUCUGCUGUCCACCUUUGACCCCGCCGUUCAGACCGUCCACGACCUGUUCGAGGAGGCUGCGAAGAAGCGCCCCAACGCAAGGUGCCUGGGUCACCGGGCUUGGAAUCCCGCGACCAAGGAUUGGGAGAACAAGUACACCUGGGCCACGUAUGCCGAGGUUGCCGAGCGUCGUAAGAACUUCGGCGCUGGUCUCGUAGAAGUCCACCAAAACAUCGGCAUCACCAGCGACCACUACGGCGUUGGCCUGUGGUCCCAGAACCGCCCGGAGUGGCACAUUACCGACCUUGGCGCUGCCUCCCAAUCCCUCUUCACUGUCUCCCUGUACGAGACUCUUGGUCCCGAUACUACCGAGUACAUCAUCAAUCACGCCGGCCUGGCGUGCGUUGUCACGUCCCUACCGCACAUUCCUGUCCUGCUGAAGCUUGCGCCAAGACUCCCCUCCCUCAAGCUCAUCGUCUGCCUCGACGCCUUGGACGCCGGCGAGCCGGCUGGCUACUCCAAGUUGUCUGUCCUGAACGGUAUCGCUGCCCAGCAUGGCAUUCAAAUCCACUCCAUGGCCGACGUCGAGGCGCUCGGCCUGAAGUCGGGCCGGCCCAUGCGCCCGCCUCGUUCGACCGACUACGUCACCAUCAACUACACUUCGGGAACCACAGGCAUGCCCAAGGGUGUCGUUCUGACCCACGGCAACGCCGUGGCUGGUCUUGCGGCUGCGAGAUCCGCCGGAACUGUCACCUACAAGGACGUCCACAUCUCCUACCUGCCCUUGGCUCACAUUUACGGAAGGAUGGUCGACCAAACCGCCUUGGCCGAGGGAGCGGCCGUCGGCUUCUUCCGUGGUGAUAUUGUUGGAUUGGUCGAUGACUUGAAGAUUCUCGAGCCAACAGGGUUCAUGUCCGUCCCUCGGUUGUACAAUCGCUUCAACUCGGCCAUCCGAUCCGCCACCAUCGACGCAGACGGUGUCAAGGGAUCCCUGUCCCGCCAGGUCAUCAGCACCAAGAAGGCCAACAUGAAGCUGCCUGUUGGCAAGGCGAGCAACUCCCACUUCUUGUAUGACAGAAUUUGGACUCCCAAGGUUCGUGCUGCGGUCGGCCUGAAGAAGGCUCACAGUAUGGUCAGCGGUAGCGCGCAGCUGGACCCGGAUGUUCAUGAGUUCCUACGGGCCGCCUUUGGAAACCAUUUCGUACAGGGAUAUGGCUUGACGGAGUCGUACGCUGUCUCGACUGUUCAGCUCAAGGGCGACUUCAGCUUGGGCAAUAUCGGACCGCCCGCCUCCUGCAACGAGAUUUGCCUUGAAUCCGUUCCCGACUUUGACUACUUCGUCACCGAUAAGCCGUACCCGCGUGGUGAGAUUCUCCUUCGCGGCCCCAGCAUCUUCCAGGAAUACUACAAGAACGAAGAGGAGACCAAGAAGGCACUCGAUGCCGACGGCUGGUUCCACACGGGAGACAUUGCCGAGGUCGACAAUAUGGGCCGCUUCAAGAUCGUCGACCGCAAGAAGAACGUGCUUAAGCUAUCGCAGGGAGAGUAUAUUUCCCCCGAGCGCAUCGAGAACGUCUACCUCGGUAGCAGCAACCUGGCCGCCAUGGCUUACGUCCAUGGUGAUCCGUCCCAGUCAUCACUCGUUGCUGUCUUUGGCGUUGACCCCGAGAACUUUGCGCCAUUCGCCAGCAAGAUUCUGAAGAAGACCAUUGACAAGACCGACAUCGCUGCAAUCAAGGCCGCUGGCGCCGAUCCCAAGGUCAAAAAGGCUUUCCUCGCAGAGCUUGACAAGAUUGGUCGGGGCCACAAGUUCAACAGCUACGAGCGCGUGCGCAACGUCUACCUCACCGUCGACCCCUUCACCAUCGACAACGAGUUGUUGACGCCUACUCUUAAAAUGAAGAGGCCGCAGACCGCCAAGGCCUUCCGCGCGCAGAUCGACCAGAUGUACGAGGAAAUCAACGCGGAGCCUUCAGCUAAGCCCAAGCUUUAA